GACGUUUUAGUCAAGUAGGACAAAAUGGCGACACAAAGUCGAAGACGAACUCGUUUUUUUCUCGACCUCAUUUUAAUGAUAUUUCUGUUCAUUUUAUGUCUUGACUUUAGUAUGGGUUUGCGGUGCUAUUGCAGUCCAUGCCAUGAAAAAGAUUUCAACAAUACAUGUCUGGCCCCUCCGAAUAGUAUGUGCUUCGCUGUGAUUAGAAUGGUGAAUGAAAAUGGAGAAAGAAUACAUGAACUUGCCUAUGGAUGUCUACCAGGAUUUGAAGGAGGAACUACCAUGCAGUGCCAGAUCAGUUUGGUUCCUCACAGUACCCCAACUGCCAUUGAAUGUUGUGAUGACAGGGACAGAUGUAAUGAGGGUGUGAAGCCAGUCUAUGUAGAAAGGUCCACCACUACAAAUCCAGAAACUGUCCCGAGCCAGUACACCGGUCCUCAGAACAUGACCCAGGUUGCCCUCCUCCUGUCUCUAGUGGUCUGCUUUGCUGUACUGGUGAUCACUGCCACAAUAUUCUAUCUCAGGUUCCGCAAGCGAGACCAGGACCGGGAGAACAUGCUUCAAGACAUCGAGAAGAAAGGCAUUCUGAUUCCCCACGAUGAGACCCUCUCUGACAUGAUUGACCAGUCGUCAGGCAGCGGAUCAGGACUUCCUCUGCUGGUUCAAAGAACAAUAGCCAAGCAGAUUCAGCUGGUAAAGUCCAUUGGAAAGGGCCGAUAUGGUGAGGUAUACAAGGCCAAAUGGCGCGGAGAAAAUGUGGCCGUGAAGAUCUUCCUGACCACGGAGGAGGCCAGCUGGUUUAGGGAGACGGAACUGUACCAGACUGUGCUACUGCGGCACGAUAAUAUACUGGGGUUCAUAGCUGCGGACAUCAAGGGUACCGGCUCAUGGACCCAGCUCUUCCUUAUCACUGAUUACCAUGACAACGGUUCCCUGUACGACUACCUGACAGAGAACACCCUCGACUGCCACGACAUGCUGCUCAUGUCGCAUUCCAUCGCAUGUGGUCUCUCUCAUCUUCACAAUGAGAUAUUCGGCACUAGAGGCAAACCAGCCAUUGCUCACAGAGACAUCAAAACCAAGAACAUACUUGUGAAGAGAGACGGCAGUUGCUGCAUAGCAGAUCUGGGGCUGGCUGUGAAAUAUGUCAGCGAAACAAACGAGGUGGAUGUUGCUACGAAUACUCGUCAGGGAACAAAGCGUUACAUGCCUCCCGAGGUUCUAGAUGAGUCCAUUAAUGUGUACUCAUUUGACGCCUACAGGCAGGGAGAUAUGUAUUCAUUUGGCCUCUGCGUGUGGGAAUUAGCUAAACGAACAAUUAUUGGAGGUGUUGUGGAGGAGCAGGUUAUACCCUACCAAGAUCUUGUGCCAUCAGACCCAAGCUUUGAAGACAUGAAAGUUGUAGUGUGCGACAACAAGCAGAGACCAGAUAUCUCAGAAAGAUGGAUGCAAGAUGACAUAAUGAAGGUGGUUACCAAGGUGAUGACAGAAUGUUGGAGCGGCAAUCCAGCAGGCCGACUCACUUCUCUCCGUGUGAAAAAGACUCUUGCAAAGCUGGAAGAGAUAUUGCAAGCAACAGAAAAAAUUGAGAGACUAAAAGCCAUUCAGCCUUGAGGGGUGUUUUGCCCUUAAAAACGUUUGUAAAGACCAUUUACCAUUCCAUGACUGGAUGUGCUUUAAGCAGGUGUUUAGAAAUAAACCUCCCGCUGUGAAAAAGGGGCUUAAUGCAUGUGCGUAAAGCUUCAUCACAGAUCUGCCUGUGCAGUUGGCACUGGGUUUUACGGGCACAACACUCCUUUUAUCCUGGAUAUUUGUUUAUUCUCUUUUAGAGACUUUACAUGAAAAAACUGCAUAGAGGUGGGCAGUGUUGUCCUGUGUGGGCUGCGCAGGCUAAUCUGGGAAAACACUUUUUUCACCUGCUGGAAGCCCUUUUUUCCUAGAGUGUGACUCAUAUGUAUCCAAGUGAGAAGACUAAAGUGGUUUUGCAUCUCUCAUAGCUGAAACUUAAUAUGCUGUAGUGUGCCAACAUGUUUGUUGAUUGUGCUCAUGUGAUUAUGAAGGGUUGAGCUCAUUCAGGUCAUUUAUGACAUUGAUUAUGAGAUCAUAGUUGUGCUGAGCACACUGAGGUUUUUAAGGUGUACAGUUUUUAGUCAGAUGUAAUUCGUUUAGGCCAAAGCAGCAACUCAAAUUGUUGUAAGGACUGAAUUUAUGACUUAAUUCAUGAUUGUCAGAGAAAUAGUGAUUGUUCAAUGUGUGUAUGGUAGUUAAUAGAAAUCAUGGGUCAAUUUCUCCUUUUAAAGCAAUUGUGAAUAUCCCGGUACAUGUAUAUGGUGCCAUUUAGUACCAGUUUUCUUUUUUAAUUUUGUAAGUGGUACAGACAUUGUUGUAAAAUAUAUUCAAAUACAGUGCUUUGUUACAAGAUGGAAGUUAUUUAAUUAAAAUAAAUAUAUGAAUGUUA